AAUUUUGCAAACGCCUACAACUUCCAACACGUGCCAAAAUAUCCUAAAGCAAACGGAGAAGCAGAGGCGGCAGUAAAGAUCGUUAAAUCAUUGUGGAGAAAGAACAAUGACAAGCACAAAGCCGGCCUGUUGGUCUAUCGAGCAACACCACUAGCAGGCAUUGAUCUGUCACCAUCACAGCUAUGUAUGGGGAGAAGACUGAGAACCAGCCUCCCGAUAGCAAGCAGUUUGUUAGAACCCGAAGCAUAUAACACAAAUGACAUCAAGAGACGAAUGCGCCAUGCAAAGGAAAAGCAAACCUACUACCAUAACCGCCAUGGGACAAAAGAACUAUCCUCACUGAAACCUGGUGAACACGUAAGAAUCCGACCAGAACCAGGGUCGAAACUAUGGAGACAAGCAACUGUGGUCGACCAUCAUUCAUCACUUCGGUCGUACAUUGCAGACACAGGACAACAAAAGCUUAGACGCAACCGAGUAGCCUUAAGAUUAGACCCAGGAAGAUCAACAGUGGAAGUAGCAGAGAAUGAUUACGCUACCAACGACGAUAUGAGCCACCAAGAAACCCUUGAUAACCCAAACCUGUAA